ACAUUCAGCCGGCGGCGGCGGCGGUCCUGCCGCAGGAACGGGCGGCACCGCGCACCGCCGCGGCGGCAGCGGCCAUUUGGGCUGCGGGGUUCGCUGAGAGCUGCGCGGCAACGGGAGCCGCUCCGCAUCACCCGGGCGCCGGCGGAGCAGAAUCAAAAUGUCGGACAAAAGUGAUUUAAAAGCAGAACUUGAGCGCAAAAAGCAGCGCUUGGCUCAGAUAAGAGAAGAAAAGAAACGGAAGGAAGAAGAAAGGAAGAAGAAAGAGGCUGAUCUACAGCAAAAGAAGGAGCCAGCUCAAGAAGAUUCUGACCUAGACCGCAAGAGAAGAGAGACAGAAGCUUUGUUGCAGAGCAUUGGCAUAUCCCCAGAACCACCUCUAGUGCAGUCGCUGCAUGUGUUAACAUGGGAUACCUGUUAUUUUCAUUAUUUAGUCCCAACCCCUAUGUCUCCCUCUUCGAAAUCAGUGAGCACACCCAGUGAUGCAGGCAGCCAGGACUCUGGAGAUCUGGGACCCAUAGGAAGGACCUUGCAAUGGGACACAGACCCCUCAGUGCUGCAGCUCCAGUCUGACUCUGAACUUGGACGCAGACUGCACAAACUAGGGGUGUCAAAGAUUACCCAGGUUGAUUUCUUACCUCGGGAGGUGGUAUCCUACUCCAAGGAGACCCAGACACCUCUUGCCACACAUCAAUCUGAAGAGGAUGAAGAUGAUGAAGAAAUGGUGGAACCGAAAGCACAGGAUGACUUGGAGACGGAAAAUCAAGACCAGAAGCAGGAAACAAAAGAAGCUCCUCCCAGAGAACUGACAGAAGAAGAAAAGCAGCAAGUUCUCCAUUCAGAAGAAUUCUUGAUAUUUUUUGACCGGACAAUACGUGUAAUUGAGCGAGCUUUGGCUGAAGAUUCAGACAUAUUCUUUGACUACAGUGGCAGAGAUGUAGAAGAGAAAGAUGGAGAUGUUCAAGCAGGAGCCAACCUUUCUUUUAACCGUCAGUUCUAUGAUGAGCAUUGGUCAAAGCAUCGUGUUGUCACCUGUAUGGAUUGGUCUCUGCAGUACCCUGAGUUGAUGGUUGCAUCUUAUAACAAUAAUGAAGAUGCUCCACAUGAGCCUGAUGGGGUAGCCCUGGUAUGGAACAUGAAGUUCAAGAAAACCACACCAGAAUAUGUUUUCCAUUGUCAGUCCUCUGUGAUGUCUGUCUGUUUUGCCCGCUUUCACCCAAACCUGGUUGUUGGUGGAACAUACUCUGGCCAAAUUGUCUUGUGGGAUAAUCGCAGCCACAGACGAACUCCUGUUCAGAGAACUCCCUUAUCUGCUGCUGCUCACACGCAUCCAGUGUAUUGUGUCAAUGUAGUUGGAACACAGAAUGCACACAAUCUCAUCACCGUCUCCACGGAUGGCAAAAUGUGCUCCUGGAGCCUGGACAUGCUCUCAACUCCACAGGAGAGCAUGGAGCUGGUGUACAACAAGUCCAAACCAGUGGCGGUUACAGGAAUGGCUUUCCCAACUGGAGAUGUCAAUAACUUCGUUGUUGGCAGUGAAGAGGGAACAGUCUACACAGCCUGUCGUCAUGGAAGUAAAGCCGGCAUUGGUGAAAUUUUUGAAGGCCACCAAGGACCUGUCACAGGAAUCAAUUGCCACAUGGCAGUGGGCUCAAUUGACUUUUCCCAUCUGUUUGUCACGUCAUCAUUUGACUGGACAGUGAAGCUGUGGACCACAAAGCACAACAAGCCGCUCUACUCCUUUGAAGACAAUGCCGACUAUGUCUACGAUGUCAUGUGGUCGCCAGUGCAUCCCGCGCUCUUCGCCUGCGUGGACGGGAUGGGGCGCCUGGAUCUGUGGAACCUGAAUAACGACACGGAGACGGUUAUGAAACGAGCCCUCGUGUCACACGAAGAUGACCAGCCGUCAGUAUUCAGAACAGGAAGGGAAAUAUUUUUCCAGAGCUGGAGUCUUAUGUAUUUUUAACCUAAUGGCACGUAAAACUAAGAACUGGGAGAAUGUAUUAAUCGUCAGUUCUUUCAUGUCCAAUAAAGAGGAAAAGGGAAGGCUGGAAUCAGCUGGCAGCGUUCCGUGACACACGCCCUGUUUUUCUACAAUAUCGUUGUUUUUUUCUCCCUUUGUGUGUUUUUAAGAUUAGUUUGCUCCUUAACCCAUCUUUCACAUAACCGUGAUAGCUGUUUCCACCGGAGCAAAGCACAGGCAGGGUUUAUGGCUCCCAGGGACUGGCGCUCGCCAUAAAUAAGCACGGACAGGUAAGAGGAACCAGCACUGUGCUGUCGAGGGGAGCAGCGAGGCCUUUUGAAGUGCUCGAGCAGGAAGCAGCACAGCCUCCUUAAUUAGAGCACGUACAGCUGGAGGACAUACAGGAGGAGUCUCCUCGGAAUUUAUUUUGGGAAGGGAGGGACGUAUCCUUCAGGUGUUCUCAUUAAUGCAGGCUUAAACACAGAGCAUAAAACCAAGUAUUUUAAAAAGAAGGGAAAAAAAAAAAAAAACCCAAACCCUUCCCCCCAAAUAGCGAGGCUGAAAUCACGCUCUGCUUGAAAUCAACUGAUGUGUUGCCAUUUAAUUCAGCGAGACCUUAAUUUCUUUUUUAAUAAUAAUAAUAAUAAUAAAAAAGAACCAAAAAACUGACUGCUUGAUCCCAUUCCCAUCAAUAAUAAGGUUGUAUGUAGAAAACUGCCGGUGUCUUUGCAGUGUGUUUACCUAUAAAUACAUAGGAACAUCAGCAAAGAAAUAGAAAUUAACUUCAAGCUCUAUCCUGCUUCUCUUCUGCUGCGAGGCCACCCCUGAGUCCACAAAUGAUUUCCAUUGCGAGGCUGAGAUCAGCUCUCCUGUGAGGAUCAGGCUGAAAUUAUUUCUGUGGUGUCAGAGCUUUGUGUUUUUAUGAGAAUUGAAUUUGUGCCUCUGGAGGAAGAAAUGCCACUGGGUUU